GAGCAACACUUGACGGAAGCGGAAACAGUCCUUGGAGACGCACGUCAGGAUCUGAACUUCUAAAGAUGGCAGCACUGCUCUCCUGUGCGCGGAAAGCCCUGCUCCCGGGCUCCCUUCGGCGGCUCCACACAGUCUAUCAGAUGGCUGAGCUGCCCGAGACCCACGAGAUGCUGCGGCAAACGUGCAGGGACUUCGCUGACAGGGAGCUGUGUCCCAUCGCUGCCCAGCUGGACAAGGAGCACCGCUACCCAGCCGAGCAGGUGCGGAAGAUGGGGGCCAUGGGGCUGAUGGCGGUGGAGGUGCCAGAGCAGUUUGGGGGCGCAGGGCUGGAUUACCUGGCGUACGCCAUCGGCGUGGAAGAGAUCAGCCGGGGCUGUGCCUCCACUGGAGUGGUCAUGAGCGUCAACAACUCUCUGUACCUCGGUCCGGUGCUGAAGUUCGGUUCUGAGGAGCAGAAGCAGCAGUGGAUCACCCCCUUCACCACGGGGGAGAAGGUUGGCUGCUUCGCUCUCAGCGAGCCAGGGAAUGGCAGUGACGCUGGCGCUGCUUCCACAGUGGCCCGGCUGGAGGGGGAUCACUGGGUGCUGAACGGAACCAAGGCCUGGAUCACAAACAGCUGGGACGCCUCCGCCACCGUCGUCUUCGCGACAACAGACAAGGCGCUGAAACACAAGGGUAUCAGUGCGUUCCUGGUGCCCAUGCCCACCCCCGGCCUCUCUCUGGGUAAGAAGGAGGACAAGCUAGGGAUCCGCGCCUCGUCCACGGCCAACCUGAUCUUCGAGGACUGCCGCGUCCCCAAGGGCAACCUGCUGGGACAGCCCGGCAUGGGCUUCAAGAUCGCCAUGCAGACCCUGGACAGCGGGCGAGUCGGCAUUGCUGCGCAGGCUCUGGGGAUCGCUCAGGCCGCGCUGGACUGCGCUGUCGACUAUGCAGAGAAGAGGAUGGCCUUCGGGGCUCCCAUCAGCAAGCUGCAGGGCAUCCAGUUCAAGCUGGCAGACAUGGCCCUAGCUCUGGAGGGCGCUCGGCUGCUGACCUGGAGAGCUGCCAUGCUGAAGGACAAUGGGAAGCCCUACACCAAGGAAGCUGCGAUGGCGAAGCUGGCUGCCUCUGAAGCUGCAACAUUCAUCUCACACCAGGCGAUCCAGGUUCUCGGGGGAAUGGGUUACGUGACGGACAUGCCGGCAGAGAGACACUACCGGGACGCACGCAUCACCGAAAUCUACGAGGGCACGAGCGAGAUCCAGCGCCUGGUCAUCGCUAACCAAGUCCUCAAGGACUACCGCAGCUAGAGCAGGACUGGGAGGGAGUUUGAAUCUCUAACCAGGUCUUCAGGGACUAACACUGCUAGAGCAGGACUGGGAGGGAGUUUGAAUCUCUAACCAGGUCCUCAGGGACCAACACUGCUAGAGCAGGUGCCAUAUUGUGUCUAAUCAAUGUCAUGAUAAAUGCAGUAUGGAUGCAAGGUACAGCGUCUCUUUAAAAUUCACACAAAAACACUGCAGCUCGAUUCUCUCUGAUUAUUAACAAUCUUCUGUUUUUGUGUAAAUAUUUUCAGGAGGUAAUUUUUGUGCAAAGCCAGGUUGAGUUGUUAUACACAUUACCUCCACAAUAUGUAUAA